GCCCCGUCGUCAUGGUAACGUAACGUACAUUGCCGAACAACGACACGCAGUUUCAACGAACUAAAGCUCCACAUUUCACCGAUCCCUACCGUACAUGGACAGUCUGUGAGAAGUCCAGGUUGUGGCGCAGCACAUCCCGCAGCCUGGUGACGGUCAAACCAGACGGUUAGUUAUUCCUCUGUGUAAGAAGGAGGCCAUCACUAUGGCCGUGUUAGUUGAAGAGGUGUCUUCGUCCGUUGUCCGCGAAUACCUGAGUCGCAAGGGACUCAAGAGGACCAUUGCUUGUAUGGAUGAAGAGCAUCCACGCACAGAAUCCAGCAUCAACAACAGAUCACACCUGAGGCAGAUUCUCAACAUGGAGGCUCUCUACAGAAAUAAUAAAGCUCAGAUCUCCCCCCUGAAAACAUUACUGGAGAUUAUUGUGAAGCAUCACAUUGAGGGCCUUAAGAAGGACCAGAUCACCAGCAGUAAGAGUGAUCCCCUGCAGUCGGCUCGAGCCGUGAGCGUGAUUGCUAAUUCUCCUGCAGUAAUGUCACCAGGGGUGAAUGACACAAGGCCGGAGGAUAGCACAGCUUUUGUGAUCAGCAAACAUGUCAAAUUGAGGUCCGAUAUAGGAGAAAUAUGUCCGUCUAAACCUAUAUAUACAUCAUUAUUGCCUGAGACGGAUGGACUGUCCAGUCAGAAUCAAACAAGUAUCUGGUCUUAUGACUCAGAAGACCAUAAACGCCAGCCACUGUUGGCUUCCCUCCAGGACAACGAGAGCUUCAUCAGAAGAGAACCAGAGAAAAAGUCUUCCACCACUGAGAGCACCCAAAGGAGCAGAACUAAUCGAAUUAGACGUGGCAUGAUUGCUGGACCAAUAUCUAGCACAUGUCAGGAGUCAAACAAAAGAAGGCAGAAUCGAAGGCUCGAAGUGCCCCAGCAGCAGCUUAGAAAAGAAGAAGAAAACAAGCAGUCUAGGGAUGGACUUUUAGUGACUGGCACACAUCAAAAAAGCUCAGAGAGCAGCCUAACUGCAAUCAACUCAGCUGACUGCUCAGGAGGGCAAUGGGAGUUGUGGAGUGCACCAGACAGAUUGCAGAGGGAAAUCAGCUUUGAAAAAGUGCAAAAAGACAUACUGAUAACUACAAAAGCAAAGUCUUUCAGCAGGCCGAAUGUGGCUGAUUUGGAUGUUGCUGAGAUGGUUUUAGAUGACAUUGAUGAUGAUGAGGAUCUGCGAGAACUCUCCAAAGUGUCCUUUCAGAGAACCGUCGCUGAACCCAGCUAUGCAGGCCGCCCGAUGGACCAGCACACUGCCAUGGAAUUGAAAGCGAUUCUUAUUGGUUCCAGACAAAAUUGUUUCAGUGUUGAGUGGAGGAAUCAGGGUUUCACCUUCUCAGAAACACAUGACCUGAGAUAUGGAAUUGUGCAGAAAAAGGGUGGUCCUUGUGGAGUUCUGGCAUCCAUCCAAGCCUUUGUUCUAAAGAAAAUGCUGUUUGAAAACAUUGAAAGCAGUAAUUCAGUCCUUCAGAGGUUAAGACCUUCCAACACAACCAGAAGAAAGUGUCUGGCUUUAGCGGCCGCUGAAAUACUGUGGAGGGCUGGCGGUGAAAAACAAGCCACGAUUGCAAUAAAUUCAGGGAGAAAUCAUUUCACCCCAACUGGAUACUACAAAUCUGAAGGAGUGCUUGAAAAGAUAACAUGUUUCACAGUGGAUAAAAUCAAAGACCUGCAUUUCCUUCUGGAACGGCAUAUUGAUCAGUUCGAGACAGGGGUGUUGGGAUGCAUACUACUCACCAUAUCUGCACUUCUCUCCCGAUCCAUUGAAAAAGUAAGAGAGGAUAUGGACGUGCCCACCAACACACUCAUCGGAGCCCACGGCUACUGCACUCAGGAGCUGGUCAACCUGUUGCUCUUUGGCAGAGCAGUUUCUAAUGUCUUUGACAAUGACAUGGAGUUGGACUCAGGCAAUGGCAACAUGACUCUACUGAAGGGAGUGAAAGGCCACUGUGACGUUGGCCUGCUGUCCUUGUUCGAACACUAUAACAUCUGUAAGGUAGGAGCUUACCUGAAGUCUCCCCGUUACCCCAUUUGGGUGGUGUGCAGUGAAAGCCACUUCAGCGUGCUGUUUGGCCUGCAGAGGGAGCUGUUGACCAAUCAGGACCAAAGCCUGGAGUUUGAUCUUUACUAUUACGAUGGACUGGCCAAUCAACAGGAGGAGAUCCGCCUCACUGUCGCUGUUGGCGAAUCGGCCCUGAGCUGUCAAGAUGUCCACACUGAUCUCAUUCCUCCACUGGAGCACUGUAUCCGAACAAGGUGGAAAGAUGCAUUUGUCAACUGGAAUGACACAGAGCCUAUUCUCUGACUGAUCACAUGGUUUGAUGUUAUUUGAACUACGGAACAUGAACCGACAAACAUUCUGCAUCACUAAUACUCAAUAUUAUAUACAUAUUCUUCAUAUAUAACAUUUUAUAUUUACCCAUAUAUUUUAGCAUUAUCUUUUUUUUUUUCUUUUGAGUUAGACCCAUUGUUGAUCUGCCAAUUGUUAACAUGACAUAAUGGCCUGGAUGUUAUACAUCACACAAUGCUGUGCAGCUGGAAGGAUUUGGGCCCAAACUGGGAUAUAGAAUGUCAUAUCAGCCAUAAAGUGUUAUUCUGUCGCCUACAAAAUGCUAUUUGAGAUAAUGCAAUUUACUUUAAAAGGUUUAGGAAUAAGCAUAAGGUAACUAAUUAUUUUAAUGUACAAGUUUGGAGGGAAACUCAUACUUUUGUUGCUGUUGAAAUUUAAAUUGCUGCAAGAUGCAGUAUUGACCGCAGUGGCCUUUUACGCAUUACUUUUUUACAUGAGAUAUAAAAGAAAGUCCAUAUUUAACACAAAUCUAAGAACACUGAAGACUGGUGUGUGUGUUUGUCAAAGAGAGUGAUUGUUAUGAUAUUUGACAGAAAUAGUCAAAUUAAGAUUUAUUUAUGUUGCGCCAAAUCAUAACAAAGUUAUCUAAUAACACUUUUCGGAUACUGUCGCAGGUCUGGACUGUAUUCUUUAAUUCAGAGUUAAAGAAAGUCAUUCACCCAUCCACUGUUUCCUCACAGUGGUUGGGUGAAUGACUUUCUUCACCCAAUUAUGUGUCUUUUUUCAAUGAAGCUGCCUUUAACCGCCAAAAAUAUAUAAAUGUAACUUAAAGGGUAAGGGUUUAGGCUCAGUAUUUUUUCAACCUACCAACAAUUUUUGUAGUAUUGAGGGAGAACGCUGCAACUGGCAGCCGCAAAACGAGCUGCGAGGGAGAGUGAGCUGUGUCGAUGAAACAUUAGUGCUUUUUCUCCAAAGUCUAGGGCCGGCCCUGCUUGAAACAUCACUGUGCUUGCUGGUACGCAUGUAGGACUACAAUUCCCUCUCAUUAAAAAACCCCCCAAAAAACCUUUCUGCAUUUGAGGAACUCUUUGAUUGAUAAACAUGUAUGUUAAUCGUACACAUUC